AUGAGUAUCAAUUCAUCAAAUGAAGUUGUUCCCUCUGAACCUGAGCUCUAUCGUCACAUCAAAUUCUAUCUCUUCAUCGUUCUACAAAUUCCUUCGGUAUUGAUUUCAAUGUUUAUCAUUUAUAAAUUUGUCACUGUUCGUCAAUUUCGUGUUCGUUUAAAUAAUCAUUCCAUAUUUGCAUUAGUCAUCGUUUCAUUUAUUGAAACAACAACAGAAUUACCAAUAACACUUGAUUAUCUUCGAUUUGGUUAUGUCAAAAUUAUGAAAUAUUCCUUCUGUUUGUUUUGGACUUGGUUUAAUUUUUCUCUUCAAACAAUAAAUUUAAUUUUAAUGGCUUGGACAUCAUUCGAACGGCAUAUUUUAAUAUUUCAUUCAAAUUUAGUUCAAACAAAACUUGGUCAAUUCAAAUGGCAUUACAUUCCAUUGAUCUUCUGUGUCACCUACAUUCCAAUAUUUUACUUUUCAUGUGUAAUUCUUUAUCAAUGUGAAAAUUUCUUCGAUUAUUCGUACAUUUUCUGUGGUUCGAUCUGUUAUAACAGAGUCAUAUGGUUAUCGACAUUCGAUUGGACAACGAAUGUGUUAAUUCCUUCAAUGAUUAUUCCUUUAUUAAGUUUAAGUUUAUUAAUUCGUGUAAUUUUUCAAGCAAAGAAAAUGAAACGAACAACGAAUUGGAAAAGUCAUCGAAAGAUGACGAUUCAAUUAACGGUGAUCUCAAUACUUUAUUUAGCAUUUUGGUUUCCGUUGGCUUUUUUAGUUUCACUUAUUCGAAUUUAUUUUCUUCCAACAUUUAUUGAGGAAAUAACUUAUUAUUAUUUGUAUUAUACACCUUAUCUUGUUCAACUGUUAAUGCCUUAUGUUUGUAUUGCUUGUUUACCGGAAAUAUGGCCGAAAAAAAAUCAAAUUAACGUAAACACGACGUUAAUACAUUGA